UGAAGAGCCAGGAGCAGUGCUGGAGUCUGACAGGGCUGUUGGCUUCUGGGGGAUGGCCAGGCACCUCUUGCUCCCUCUCUGGGCGUGUGUCACCCACCCAGAGCUUGUGGGAAAUGCUGUGAGCUCCUGACCCCACCCAGGAUCUGCCCCCCUCACCCUGAGCGGGCUCUGGGGAGAAACCCCAGCUGGGGGUCACGAGCUGUGGAACAAACGACCUUCCAAGAGGGGUUGCAAUAGCUCCAAAGGUUUAUUUGUCUGCUGCCAUUUAUCAGAGCCCCUGGAACGUUCAGUCCCUGGGUAUCACAUCCAUGGACCUUCAUUCAAUCCCCCUCGAGGGGCUUCUCCAGCAGCCUGGACCAGCUUCAGCUUGAUCACAGCUCCGAGAUCCUGGGACCUUUUGGGUGAUUCACUGACACGAGAGUUGCUGCCUGCCCCACACCGUGCUGAGAUCUCGGCCUCUGAGCACAUGGAUCUUGGAAUUGUUGCAGAGAAUGAGAAGGUGAGUGCUGUGACAGAGCAUGUGCAGCACCUUGCUAAUGAAAAAUAUAAGUGUGAAGGUCUGCAGCCCCUUCCCAGGUGAUGAAAGAGGCUCUGCCAAGGAAAUCCUCACCACAGGAGGAAAAUGGCAGCUGAAAAUCCCAUCUAGAAUCUGUUCAGGCUCUGAAAAGCUGAGCUCUUCCAGCAGCAUGUGGUGGGUGAGUGGCAGGGGGAGGAGGGCUCGGCUGGCACCCGCUGUGGGAGCUGCUCUGUGUCUCCAGGUGCAGCUGCAGGAUGGGAACGAUGGGAUGUACCAGCCUGGAGACUCCCAGGAGGGGAUGGGGAAGCUGGCUAGCUCCAAGACAGAUUUCCCAGCCAGGGUGCUCCUCAGUGAAGAGGAAAAACUGAAGAUUUCCAAGGACCUCGUCGAUCUCCAGAUAGAGACCAACAAAAUGAAGGAGCAGUACGAGACGGAGAACUUUGAACUGAAAAAUAUGAUACUGGCCCUGGAGAACCGUGUGCGGGAGCUGGAGCUGUGCAGUGAGAAGGUGACGGGGGAGCGAGAUUCCCUGCGGGAACGCCUGCGAGCCCUGGAGAGCGCUCGGAAGGAGCUGGCACAGGAGUACAUCAUUCUGAAAAGCAACUACCUGGCCCUUGGGAAAGAGCUGGACCAGGAGGUCAGGAGGAAUGAAGAGCUCACCCAAGAGCUCCUCAACCUGGCCAAAGGCAGGAACACCCUUCCUGGCACAGAGAGCACCCACCCGCCUGCCAUGGCCCAUCAAUCCUCUGCAGAGCUGGAAAGAGUGAGGGGGAAGCCUGAAGAUGUGGUUGCCUCUGGACACGAGCGGCAGGAGCUGGAGAGAAACUUGCUUGGAAACCAGGAUCACAUAAAAGUGGAGCUUGAAAAACUGAAGAAAACCCACGACUGGCAGCAGAAGCUGGAGGAGCGAGUGCUGGGGCUGGGGAAGGAGCUGCAGGAGGCAAAGGGAGCGAUCGGGGACACGCAGCGCAGGCUGGUGGAGCAGUCAGCGGUGCUGCUCACGUCCCAGAGCCAGCUGCAGGAGGUGGAGGCAGAGAACUCCCGGCUGCAGCUCCGGCUGAAGGAGCUGAACGAGGAAUAUCGCUCCCGGCUGGCGCGGUACAUCAGGGACGUGGCGAACUACAUGGACAGCAAAUCCAGCCACAUGACAGGACACAGCAAAGCCCCAGCUGAUCAUGCUGCCAUGAAGCACUUUGUGGACAACAUGCUGAAGGAUAUCCGGGCUUCCUACAAGUCUCGGGAGGAGCAGCUGGCACGGGCAGCACGUGGGUACAAGAAACGCAUGAAGGACCUGGUGAAGAAGCACGAGAACCUGCUGAUUGCCUAUGGGCUCCAGCGAGAGCAGAUCCGGUCCCUGGGGAGCAGUGCUAUGGACUGUGGCCCUGCUGAGCUCCACUUCUCCAUCUCGGACCCAGAGCUGCUCACAAACACCACCCGGGAGCUGAACCGGCUGCGGGAGGAAAAGGCAAAGCUGGAGAUGCAGCUCCAGGAACUGCAAAAGAAAAGACUGAAAGAAGCCUCUGCCUUUCCACUGCCUCCAGAGCAGCAGCUGGAUGAGGAGGGCUGGGCAGAGGUCAGGAAGCAGCUCCGGGAAUUCACACACAACACCCAGGAGGAUCUGGAGCAGGAGAGGAGCCAGCUGCUGACUCGGGCUGUCGUGGCAGAGGAGCAGGUGUUGGAGCUGCAGGAGUACAUAGAUCAGCAUCUUGCCAGGUACAAGCAGGAGAUCCUGCGGCUCAGGAACGCUGAGGGCAGCGAGGGGCCACGUGUGCUCAGUGCCAGGGCAGCUGCUGCUCCCCCCCUGCCCAGAGCCAGCACUGUCAGCCAUGAUCCAUAGCACUCCGUGAGGAGCACCACCAACACAGGGAAGAGCGGGAUUCAAAGCAGGAGGUUUGUGUUCUAUGGACUGCCAGGAAAGUAUCCUGCCCAGGCCGGGAGCUGGGAGCAGCGAGGGAAAGCACGUGGGUGUUCCCGUCUCGGGUUCACAGGACUAAAAUGAGACAAGACAACUGUGUCUCAUCUUUCCUCGUCUAUCCCUGGGCUGCAGGAAUUCUGCUGUUCCCUGAGCACAUCACGGACACGGGGUCAGGUUCCCAGGCAGCUCUUUAAUGCCGGGCUGCAGGGACAGGUUCCUGUUCCUGCUGUAACAUUUCUGCUGGGUGAGACCUGGACCAGAGCCCAAGGGCUGCUCCUGCCUCGUUCCCCUCCCCUCCCUCCCAGCUCCCGUGAGACGGAGCCAAGGCUGGCUCAAGGCACUCUGAGGAUGGACAAAGGGAUGAGCUGCUCUUUACUUGUGAGGGUGGGGAGGCCCUGGCACAGGUUGCCCAGAGAAGCUGUGGCUGCCCCAUCCCUGGAAGUGUCCAAGGCCAGGUUGGACGGGGCUUGGAG